UGUCGGCCCCUCCCGGACUGCAGCGGAGAUGCAAGAAAUUGCUCGUUCAUGGAUAUGAUUGGGCAAUUAGACGGUGAUAGAUCCGCUCUUGGCGCAAGCCCGACAAACCUCGGAGAACUAGGUGUGUAGUGAUAUCUAAUCCAUCUAACCCAUCUGAUAGCCCGACUAGGCAGGUCGGCGGAAGAUGACCAAGGAUGAGGGUGGGUGGAGAGCUUGAUGGCUUUCCUCUCGCCUAUGAUUAGAAACUAUUCGGCGAAUCGUUCCAAGAUCAAUCCUAGCUUGCCGUUCCCGUAUGCGGCUAUCGCUGCUGUAGUGCUACCCAGCAGUCCCAGCUUGCCUACUGCGAUGAGCGGGGCUGGAAGAGAGAAGUUUUAUCAAUACUCAGACUGCAUCUUCCCACCAUCUUCACUUCUCUUUCUAGAGGGUUGUUGGAUUGCUGCUCUGCUGGUUGGCUUACCUAGGAAGUAUCAUCUUACUUUACUAGGUACCUACAUUUUCUUCAAUAGAAAGGAAAGUAAAGAAAGUAGACAGUACCUGAAAAAGCAAAGUGAAGCCAAGCCAAGCCAUGGCGUUCAAGACGUUUCUUUUUUCGCUAGCGACACUCCCUCUCGUUAACAGCGAGACUGUUCUCGGCGUCUACAUCUUCCACCGACAUGGAGAUAGAACGCCCAAGGCUCUCGCGCCGACAAACUUAACCGCGCUCGGCGCAGACGAGGUGUUCCAGUCCGGCACUUACUACCGCAGCAAGUACAUUUCGUCCAAUGCCAGCACACCAAUCCACGGGCUCAGCAACGACAUCGCCGUCCCCUCCCAACUGAAUGUCAUCUCGCCCUCCGAUUCCGUGCUACAAAGCUCGGCGUUGGCUUUCUUGCAGGGCAUCUACCCACCCGCUGGUAGUAACAGCGUGUCUAUCCUAGCAAACAAGUCCGAGGUCGUCGCUCCGCUUGACGGAUACCAGUACAUCCCCAUAUCAACAAGCUCCGUCACGGCCAGCAGCGCGAACUCCGAGAAUAGCGAAUGGCUGCAGGGUGGAUCCGGAUGCGGCAAUGCUGUCGUGAGCUCGAAUAACUACCUCUCAUCGUCGGAAUACCUGUCCCUGCUCUCCUCGACCAAGAGCUUCUAUACCGACCUACUCCCUGUGUACAAUGCGACGUUCAGCGCUAGCCAAGCGACUUUCAAGAAUGCGUACACGAUCUUCGACUUAGUUAAUGUAGCGACGAUCCACAACCAGACCAUCUCAGACUCACAGCUACUCACGAACGAGACACUAUUCCAACUUAGAACACUCGCAGACAACCACGAGUGGAACCUCGCAUACAACAGCAGCGACCCGAUCCGCGCAAUCGCAGGCGCCACACUCGCAGCGCAAAUCGUGCAGCAGCUUAACGCAACUCUCAACAAAAAGGGCAGCACGCCCGUCAGCAUCCAAUUCGGCGCCUAUGCCUCGUUCAUGUCCUUCUUCGGGCUCGCACAGCUCGAAAAAGUCUCAGCCGACUUCACCGGCGUAGUCGACUACGCCUCCUCCAUCGCCUUCGAGCUCGUCACCAACGCCACUAACGUCUCGACCGCGAACUACCCCAGCACGAACGACGUGUCCGUUAGGUUCUACAUGGCGAACGGCACCGCGGCGGUUAACGCGCCGAAGAUCUACCCCCUGUUCGGGCAGACCGAGACGACGAUCUCGUGGAGUACGUUCACGAAUGAGAUGAAUAAGUUCGCUAUUGGUGACACGACCUCCUGGUGUGCGGCUUGUGGCAAUACUACGGGUAUCUGCGCUACCUCUGCCUCGACCUCAGGUGCGGAUGGUGGGAGCACGGCCGCGCAGACGAAGUCUGGGAAUGGGGUUACGUUGCCGGUGGCGGGUGUUAUUGGUGCGUUGGUUACGCUGGUGGUUAUACUGGGUGUGGAAGGGUUAGUGUAUGCGCUUGCGGGCUUGAAGUUGGUUAAGAAGUCGACUUUGGCUGCGGCGGCGGCGGCUGGGACUGGGGUUACGGCUGCUGGUGCGGCGGCGGGUGCGAAGGCUUAGGGAGGGGGGUUAAUAAGAAGGAAGGAGUGGGGGAUGAUACCAUCUGGUGACGACGUAUGAGAUAGGAUGAGACGACAUGAGAUUUACGGGUUAUCUCUGUAAUAUAGCGAUGAGUGAUAAUGAAUAUAGUGACGAUGUUUAUAAGGUCUUUCAUAAA